AAUGCAACAUCCACAUUAAUGCACCAGGAAUAUUAAUCCAGAAACAUCAGAUAUAAUAGCAAAACACUGACAGGAGCGUUUUACUGCUCAGUGACGACUUUUACUUUGACAUUGUAUAUUUUGCUAGUAAUACUUACUUACAUACUUUAAGGACUUUUAAUUGUAGUGGAGUAUUUUCACAGUGUGGUAUUGAUAACAGAUCUGAACACUUCUUCCACCAAUGGUCUCCAGCCUGUGUGUGGCACUAAUGACCCCUCAUACCUCAGCGACCACCGCACUACAGCAAACACUGGCCUGCUUCAGCAUCUGCUCCCUCUCUCUCUCUCAGUGUGUUUUAUCCUCUCUGCUCGGCGGUCGGAUGCUGGCUGAUCUGUCAUCACAGUAUUGUAAUUGAUCUUUAUUUACCGAAUCAAUAACAGUUAUCAGAGCGGGAUGAAGCUUCUCUGCAGCGGAUCGAUCGCGUACCUCCUGCUUCUCUUCUUUCUUCCAGUGUACUUGGCCGCUCAUGGUCGAUAUGCUCAGAAGCUGAUGAGUGACUUGUUCUCCAACUACACCAACGCUUUGCGGCCAGUGGCGGACACUGACCACAUCAUCAACGUCACACUGCAGAUCACUCUCUCCCAGAUCAUCGACAUGGAUGAGCGGAAUCAGAUCCUGACUACCUACCUGUGGAUCCGCCAAGUGUGGAUGGAUGCCUACCUCACCUGGAAGAAGGAGGACUAUGACGGCCUCGAUACCAUCCGCAUACCCAGCAGCUACGUAUGGAGACCUGACAUUGUCCUGUAUAACAGUGCAGACGAUGAGUUCUCCAGCUCAAUGGAGACCAACGUGGUUCUUCGUAAUGAUGGUCAGGUCAUGUGGGACCAGCCAGCCAUCACCAAAAGCUCCUGCUCCGUAGAUGUGGCAUUCUUCCCCUUUGAUUUGCAGGAGUGUCAUCUAACCUUUGGCUCCUGGACUCACAACGGUAACCAGAUGGACUUGUUCAAUGCCCUGGACAGUGCCGACCUGGCCGACUUUGUCCCCAAUGUGGAGUGGGAGGUCCUGGGCAUGCCAGCCAAGAAGAAUGUCAUCCUGUAUGGUUGCUGUUCGGAUCCGUACCCGGACAUCACCUUCACCCUCCACCUGAAGAGACGUGCCUCCUUCUACAUCUUCAACCUCCUCAUCCCCUGCAUGAUGAUCUCCUUUCUGGCUCCGCUGGGCUUCUACCUGCCAGCUGACUCGGGUGAAAAGGUUUCUCUGGGUGUCACGGUGCUGCUUGCCCUCACCGUGUUUCAGUUACUGGUGGCUGAGAGCAUGCCGCCCUCUGAGAGCGUCCCACUGAUAGGAAAGUACUACAUUGCUACUAUGACGAUGGUCACUGCAUCAACUGCGCUCACCAUCUUCAUCAUGAACAUCCACCACUGCGGUCCCGAGGCUCGUCCUGUCCCACAAUGGGCCGAACGCUUCAUCCUUAACUACCUUGCCCGCAUCUGUUUUGUCUACGAAGUCGGUGAGAACUGCCUCAUUGGGACUUCAUCCCGGAAAAAACCUCUGUCGCAGGAGGAGUCUGAAGUCCAAUCAGCCAAUGGCGGCAACACCAAAGGAACCAACUGGGAUGUGAACGGGCAGGCGUGGGGAGGGAGGGUGGAGGAGGAUGGGGCUGGGGAAUCUCUGAGGCUGGGGCAGGAUUUGACCAACCAGACGGACUGGAAAGAGGAUCUGGUUGUGACCAUCGACCACUCGGAGGAGGAAGGAGCUGCUGGAGGACAUGAAGGGGAGCGGGAGGAGUCAAACAGUGCCCGUGGAGGAGGAGGAGAGCAUGUCGAAGAAAAGAAAGGCGUAGGAGGUGAAGGGGGAGGCGGAGCCGGGGAGAACAGGAGGGAGAUCUUGGUGAGAACCCAGUGUGUGUGCCAGCACCGGGGACUGCGCAGAAACAUUGAGUACAUUGCCAACUCAUACCAGGACCAGCGAGCCGGACAGCUGCGCAUUGGGGAGUGGAGGAAGGUCGCCAAGGUCAUGGAUCGCUUCUUCAUGUGGCUCUUCUUCAUUUUGGUCUUCUUCAUGAGCAUCCUCAUCCUGGGAAAAGCCAUCUGAUCCAGCUUCGAAGAAUCACGAGAGGUUGAGGGUAUCGAGUUGGUACACCGAUAAGAAGAUUUGUUUAACGUUCCAUCAAGUCUAAAAUCAGUCUUAAUUUUCACGAAACAAGUGAACAAUGACGCUUUUGUUCAACUAGUAAUUGAAUUUUAGUUGGGUUUAAAGGCUCAAUCCACCAUUUUUUGUGUGAAGCACACCAACCGGCCAUACAUUUAUACUCUAUCUUGUAUCUUUUCAAACAAUGUCUUCCACCAGAAUAUAAAACAUAGAUGUGUGGCUUUGAAAGUGGCUUGGCAACACAAAAGGAGUUUGCACAGAUAGAGCCAUGGAGAAGCGGAUACAUCAGAGUUUGUGAGGGUAAAAUAAUCAAGAUAAUUCCAAAUGCGUUGAAAGCAUCUCAUCAAACAUGGAGGGUUUUAAUAAACAACAUGAUCUUCAGCUCUUCAGAGAACAGAACGCUUAAGGACAGCACACAUCGGCAGCGUCUCGACACGGAUCAUUGUGGGUUCAGGAUACACCACUAACGUAUUUCCCAGAAUUGACGCACAUCAACUUUCUAGAACAACAGCAAUUUUGUCACCUUUCCUCCCGAGAUCCGCACAUCCCCGGCUACUGUACUCUGACUGCUUCUUCUGUCUGGAUGACAUGUUUGAUGUUUGUUGUCAAUUGACACGCGUUAAAUGACGUGACGCUCUGUGUUGCAUUUGAGAGUUUGGUGCCCAGUUGCAUACAUUUUUUUGGGUUUUUUUGUCUCAUGUACAAAAAAUUAGAAAUAAGAAUCAUGACAGUCUCCACAGGGUUUUCCCUCUCUAUCUACAGACAGACUUCCUCGUGCAUCUACGUAUUGCUAUUAAAAAACCUCCUCUCUUUAGUUGCUAAAAUACCCUCACACAUCAAACGUAUUUAUUUAAAGAUCCCCUCCAGACAUGUAUUAAAACAUAGAAAUAGUCUGCUUGGAACAAUAAUGUGUGUCUGAUGUGUUUUUUCCACAAAAAAGUAUAAUUUCCACAGUAAAAUCCUUAAAAAGGCUUCUACUCCUUCCAGCUCAUUACAAAUUCCAGAAUCUAUGAAUAUGCAAAUGUUGUUAAUUGCUAAAGUUUUCCUGCUGGACACAAGAUGUCUCCUGCGUCACUGUAAAGUCCUUUCUCAGUCUAUGUGCACUGGUGGCUUCACGUUUCUACAUCACACUUGUAUAAGUUGCAAAUUGGACCAGGAUUGGCUUCCAAACUAUUUGUGAUGUCACAUAUCAUGCUCAUAAAAAAUCCUUAAAUCACAGCCAACACAGACAGACAGAGACAACACAGACAGAAACAGACAGACAGAGACAGAGACAGACAGAGACAGACAGAGACAACACAGACAGAAACAGACAGAGACAGACAGAGACAACACAGACAGAA